AUUUGCAAUCGCGCCUAGACCCAGCCCCGCCAAGACCCAUCUAAAAUUGUCCAAUUUAAACCAUCAUUUACGGCUAUUGUGAAUUAAAUCCCAUUGGCGUGCAGCUUCCAGGAUAGAAAGAGAGUGCCCCAUGUUCAUGACUGUGAAUGCUGCAUGACCUCAGCGUUCCAGCCCCACCCUGAGCAGACCACGGAGGACUCAGAAACUUCCACUGUGAUGACCAGCAACAGACCCACCUAGGCCACUGUGGACCUGAGUCGAGUACCAAAAGCUGUUGAUUCAGUGAAUUUCUGCUGUGCAGAAAACCUUAGUGACUGCCCUAGGUGAACUGUGGCCUCAAUGCUUACAUGUGCCCAGAGAUGGAGACCUACCAAGAUGACGAGUUCUGAUGUGUGCAGGGUAAUCACUGCGUUCCUUCGAGUCCACAAAAACGCUGCUGACACGCCCGGGAGUGAUGAUGAGGACAUCCGGCUAGCCCCUGCCCACAUUCCUGGGUCAAAGGAAAAGACAGCCAUGGAGGAGACAACUUGGUUUAUGCAACUGUCCAACAAGUUGGACCAGUUGAAGAAGAAGGCAAUAAGGGACAACGAUACUGCAGUCCUAGAGGCAAGGUCCAGGAAAGGCUACAAUUACAAUGGCCGGAAACAGAAAGUUCCCAAGGACCCAGUUGACCCCACUGUCGAGAGAGUCGCAGAAGUAAACCGGCCAGCAGUGAGAGCUUGGAGGAAGAAAAUCAAGCCAGUUGAGAACCAGUUCCAGACUCCUCGAUACCGGCGUGAUCACUGAGGCGUGCAUGUCGUGCGCCGCGUCGCGCCAGUACGCCAAGUUCAGUCAGCCGCUCAGCUGGCCCGCGUGUUAAAUUUUAUAUCUUAUAAAUUAUUGACUAA